AAAGAGUUAUUGAAGACUGAUGCCUAUUUCGAUCGUUUAAAUGGCGUUAUGAAUAUCACUAGUUUUUGUUGUAGUGGAAAACGAGUGAUCACUGUUCGAGCUCGUAACUGCAUAUAUAACCAGUUAUGGUUAAUAACGCCCAUCGCUAGUCAGCGGCCGCAGCGCCGCCGUAUAUUUUAUUGCUCGAUUUGUUUUAGACUUGGUGUGUCUUUUCAGAAAAUACCUACAUAAGACUCGUACAAUUCCAAAAUGUUGAAGGACUCGGAAGGAGAGCAUGGAGUGCUGGAAAAUGCAGCGGAAGUAAUUGAAGAACUGGAGAAAGAACUUAAAGAGCUCUACUUGUUCCGGAACCUGUUUUUUGACAACCACCCUAUAGAACAGGCCAAUGAAAAGAACAAGCUUGUAGAUGAAAAAAAAGAUGUCCUACUGGAGAAGUUUGAAAAAAUUGAUGCGGACGUUCAAAUUCCACAACCUCUUCGUGCCAAGUUCUUCUGUCUCAAAGGUCGUUGCUACAACAUAAAUCCUCUGUAUGAUGCUAGAGCGAUGCAGUGUCUCAGUCGUGCUGUCAAAUUGAAUCCAAGCAUGGUUGACUCGUGGAACGAAUUGGGGGAAUGUUACUGGAAAAACAUGAACGUGAAGGAAGCCAGGGCCAGUUUCGAAGGAGCUCUCAAACAAGAAAGGAACCGGUUAUCUCUUCGCUGUCUUUCCAUCAUUUUAAGACAAGAGAGCGGAGCCCGCAGAGGCAAAGAAGCCACUGCAGUUAUUCAGAAAAGCGUAGAACUGGCCAAGGAAGCGGUGUCUCAGGAUACCAAGGACGGAGUGUCAUGGUCUGUGUUGGGAAAUGCAUACUUGUGUCAGUUCUUCAUGGUGGCCCAAGAACAGGCUACGUUGAAACUUUGCAUGAGUGCGUAUAAACAAGCCGAACAAGAUCCAAUUGCAAAAGGACAGCCAGAUUUGUAUUACAACAAAGGCAUUGCGUUGAAAUAUGAUGAAUGCUAUGAAGAGGCACUGGAGAGCUUCGACUAUGCCUGCCGCUUGGACCCACCGUGGAAGCCUCCCAAGCAGGAGUUGGCCACACUGGUCCAAUACCUCAAUGGGACCAACGAGCUCGUACGGACCAAGGGCAAGAUCAAGACGAAGAAAUUGCAGCAGAUGGUUCAGUCAAUAGACAAGAAGAUGCUCGGCAUAUACGCGCCGGAUGUUUUGCAUACGUUCGGUUCCCGCCGGAAUGUCUCUCUGGAACAGACCCGCAUAGAUGCGCUGCAAGUUGGCAGCAAUGAGUCGAGGUUGCUAUUGGGGCGCGUUGUGGGCUCCAUACAUAACGAGAGCGCUGUCCCUUUCACAUUCGCCCUAGUGGACGAGAGCAUGGAAUGUGUAAGUGUGACGGUUUACAACUGGGCGGACGGCCGCGGCGCCAUCAUAGGGGACUGCGUUGCCAUCCCUGAGCCUACACUGAGCCUGCAUAAGCAUGCCUCGCCACGAGUGACGUAUGACUUCAAGUCAGUGCGUGUGAACAACCCAAUGCAGCUGCUGAUAAAUGGAAAGAGGGUUGGGCGCAACCAGUUUGCCAGCACAAGAGUGACGAGCACGUACGAGAUACACUGAGAUUACCUUUCAAUGUCAAGCGGGCCGCGCUAGGUACGUCUCUUGGCAUUGUUGAAGACUGAACUGUUUUAUCAUUGGGUGAGUGACGUGAUAUCAGUGGCCUAAUUAGGGUGACGGGGAUUUAUUGACGCGAGAAUUAGGGACAGAUAAUAUUUUGUCGUAUGUAAACGCUGUUUAAAUAAACGAAAAAAAUAAUAUUAUUCAGGAUGCCAAAGUUCGUUCAUAGACAAUUUAUAAAUACAAAAGUUAUUUAUUAUUCUUAAAGGUACUUAUCCCAGCUGUCACCCCUUUAAUUUUAUUAUAAAUUAUACCUGUCAUAUUCUUAUUCGCCAAAAAGAAAAGGGACGGAUGAUGCAUAGCUGUUAAUUUAUUUUAGUGUUUUUUUUGUUAAUGUGUUUAUAGCCUGGAUACAAGUCUUUUUAGCCAAAAAUGUUAAUUUUGAAACAAAUGAGUGAAUGAAACAAUAAGCCAGACAAAUCAAAUAGGUAUCUCGCUGGUAUGCAACCCGUUUGACGUGUGCUGUCAACUGAAUUCUAUCGGAUUGUACGACAAUAUUUUUAAAUGUAACAUUUUUGAAAGGGUUUAGGACCUGAAAUUCCGUCUGCCUAAAAUUUACGUGUGUUCCUAAAUUGUUUAGCCUGUCGAUUACCCGUCUCUUUCCUUUCCGUUGAAUAUGAAAAUUACAGGUAUAACUUCAAAUUAUAACAUAAAAAAAAUAUUAAUUGAAUGAGCUAUAGGUAUUUCGCGGGCCUCCAAUAUAAAACGAUCUCACUCAGAAUUGUGGCAUUUUAUACCAGCACACUUAGGGCUGUUUAGAUUGACUUUGUUUUACCUUUGAUGGGUUUGCUCUUGGCCCCUAUCCGGGUGAGAGCCUUCAGCGCUCCCCAUUUGUCCGGCCAAGUAGUUAAUGCCAUCUGCGGCAAAUCUACAAUAAGUCACGUCAAAAAAAAAAAAAAGCUCUUGGCCCCAGACUUGCCCGAAGGCAUUGACGAGGCCUAAGAUGGAGCUCGCCCAGAAGGUGCCUGUUCACUCUGGCCUUGAAAGCACCCGGGUUAUAUGCAUUUGGAAAUACAGAAGACGGCAAAGAAUUCCACUCUCUAGUGAAAAACUACUAGAUCUCGCUUCGAUAAGUUUUCUGACACCCUAAGGUAAAAUGAGGGUUAUAGUAUAAUCAUGAUAAAACGGACU